AAGUAUAAACGGCACGGACAUGUAUAUAAGAUCUAUCAGGCUUCCUCCAGCUGUGUCUUCAGGGCAAACAUUUGACCUCUGUAAGUGAUUUCACACACUGACGUUUGUGGGAGGAUUCAACACAAACUGGGGACUUAACAGGACUCUAUAAGCGCACUUUACACCGAACUAACCCGGGACACCUUUGCCUUUACCAUGAUUUUAUUCAAAUUCGUGUGGGCGAUCAUAACCAGGUGCUUAUUUAUUCUGGUCUCUCUCAUCGGCGUCUGGAGAGUGAAAACGGUGAAAAAUGACAACAUGUACUGGUUAUUAACUGUCCUUUAUCUUCCUCUGGUCGUGGAGAUGAUCAUCACUUUAAAACGAAGGAAAGGGAAAGACUACAAAUGGUUUUCUCCAGCCAUCCUCUUUUUCCUCAUCAGCAUUAUUCCAUCUGUAUGGAUUCUAGAGUUACAUCAUCAGGAGAACAAAGCCAGUAACCCUCAGUGUAGGAAACUGGACUCUUGGGACAAUGUCAAGAGCAUAUUGCCUACAAAUGGCACAAUGGUUAAUGAAACACUAAAGCACUUGGAGCGCAUGCUCACCUCCGUCUGUCCGAAUGACUGGAUCCUUGGUCUUCAUCAGGUUUUGCUUAUUCUUCUCAUCCUCGGGAAGUGGCUCCUUCCAUUAGGAGGAGGAGUGACACGUGACGAACUGUCUCAACUUUUGCUGAUCUUUGUUGGCACGGCGGCAGACAUUCUGGAAUUCACUAGUGAGACACUAUCAGAUGUCAAGGAGAGCAACAAGCUACUGGUGUAUGUAAUCUUGGCAGUGUGGACGUGGAGUAUGUUGCAGUUUCCUUUUCACCUGGCAGUUGUGACGUCCCGACCACAGGACUCAGAUGAGCCAGGGGGUGGAGGAGGCUGCUGUAACUUGGUCUUGUCAAGACACAGUACAGAUCUUUGGAACAUCGUUGAGAGUUUGUUUAUCCAAGACGGACCCUUUCUCGUGGUACGUCUCAUAGUGAUGAUAUACUUUGAUGUGUUCCACCAGAUGUUGGUCUUCUUCGCUAUUAAGAACUUUCUAGUGGUCGUCCUUAACCUCUACAGGCUCAUAGUUAUCUGUCAAGACUUUAAACCACCACAACCAUCAUCAACAUCUACCUCUUUCCCAGUAUGAAGGAAGGAAAGAGAAUCAGUUUAAAAUGACACAUUUCAUUAAUUGUGCCAGAUGGUUUACUUAUACCGGGGGUUUUCAAACUGGGGACCCACAAGAGGCUGCAAGGGGUACUAGGCAGUAUUAUUUUAGUGUCAUUGAGAUACUAUUAGAAUAUUUAUUGAUAUUUUGAAUAAGUUUCUGUUUUUAGAUUUACCGUCAUUUUAGUUAAAAAUGUAGUCAUUGCGUUUUUGCCUGUUUUAUUAGUUAUUGUCUAAAUAAUUAGUUUAUUAUCUAUCUAUCUAUCUAUCUGUCUAUCUAUCUAUCUGUCUGUUUAUCUAUCUAUCUAUCUAUCUAUCUAUCUAUCAUUUUUAAUUCAGUUUUAGUUUUAAAAAAGAAAUGUUGCCUUUGACAAUUAGCUGAAAUAAAAAAAAAAUCUAUGGGGUCAGAGGAAAAGUUUAUAAAUAAAAAACAGAUUAAAAUAAGUUGAUUAAUUAUAGCUUUAAAUAAAUAAAUAAUACAUCUACAGUGCAGAAGUAUUUUAUAAAAUAAGAAAAAUGAAAUAUUUCCCAAAAUUACCCUUUACGCAUAUUUAUAACAUUAUUUAUACAUUAAAAAUAUAUGGGUCAUUCCGUGUCAACUCAACCAGACGUCCCCUGCUCAAAUUUUUGAUUUUGCUAAUAUUUUUUCUAAAGAAAGAUAGACAUGUAUAGUGAUGAAAGCCAAAUAUUAAAUGUCAUUGAUGAAUAUUUACUGAGUAAUCCACAGUUUUGUAGACCUUUUCACCUUCAGAAUCAAGUUACAGAGGGGUAAAAAUGACUUUAAAAAGAUGGGAGCAUCAUAAUCUUAUUUUUACAUUUAGAUUGGUAGUACUAUUGGUAAAUUCUGUUGACUUUAGCAGUCUUUGUUGCAUUAUGUGCCAAUGGUGACCAUUCAAAAAUGGUGAAACAGCAUUUUUUUCAAGUUUUUCUACAAAGUUUGCAUGCCUGUAACUCAAGAAGUAUUAAGAAUAUCUUAAUGCCCUUUUAGAUAUUAGGUCUUAACAAACUUUCCUUUUGGCAUCUUUGUUUUUAAUGCCCUAUGACAGGGGUGUCAAACUCCGGUCCUGGAGGGCCGCAGCCCUGCAGAAUUUAGAUGCAACCCUAAUUAAACACACCUGAUCCAACUAAUCAAGUCCUUCAGGCUUAAUUGAAAACUGCAUAGUAUGUGUGUUGGAGCAGGGUUGGAAUAAAACUCUGCAGGGCUGCGGCUCUCCAGGAACUGAGUUUGACACCCCUGCCCUAUGAGAUUCGGUUCCUCUUUUCUUUUAAAGAGGAAUGUCUGAAGAACAAAUCAUUUUGAAACUAGAGAUGUGUCUCGUUUCUUUCAUGUGAUUCUUGUUUCUUUCUAUGUUCUAUGUAAUUGUUUUGAUAGAGGGAAACAAGAUACAAUUCUAAUUUCAACAUUGUUUCUUCUUCGGAAAAUGGGUAAUAUUCAACAAUCUGGACAUGGAACCUCAUUGAGAUCCCCAUAUCUCAGGGACUGAAUGAUGUAGGGCCUUGAAAAUAAAGAUUCCAAAAGAAAAGUUUAUAAAGAACUAGAAUCUAAAACCAUAUUGUGAUAUCUUUAAUACUUCUUGAGUUACAGGUAUGCUAACUUUGGGAAAAAAAUAUUUAUGGCACUCAGACUGGUAUGUUCAAUGCAAUUGUCCUGAUAAAAAGAAACAACAUACAUCUCUAGAUUUAACAUUAUUUGUUCCUCAGACAUUCCUCUUUAAAAGAAAAGUAUCAUAUUUUGGUUUUUGAGCCAUACUGAAAUUCCAUUAUCACUGGAAACGAAUCUCAUAGGGCAUUAAAAAUAAAGAUGUCAAAAGGAAAGUUUGUUAAGACCCAGUAUCUAAAAGGGCAUUAAGAUAUCUUUAAUACUUCUUGAGUUACAGGUAUGCAGACUUAAUAAUACUAAUAUAACUACCAAUCUGUGUAAAAAUAAGAUCAUGAUGCUGCCAUCUUUUUGAAUUCAUUUUACCCCCCUGUAACUUGACUCUGAAUCUCAGGUGACAAUUGCUAUUUUGACCUCCCUCUACAAAAUAGUAGAUUACUCAGUAAAUAUUCAUUCAUGAAAGUUAAUAUUUUGGCUUUCAUCACUAUUGAUGUCUAUCUUUCUAUAUUAGCAAAAUCAAAAAUCUGAGCCAAGGAAGUUUUUUGGUUGAUUUGAUACUGAAUGACCCAUAUAGCUUUAUUUUAGGAUGAUCAUAUUUGGGGGUCCGUGGCAUCUAAUAAAUUGAAAACCCCUGAUGUAUACUGCUUAAAAACACAAUUAUGGUUUAAAGUUUUAGAAAUGUAUAUUGAAUGUGUUUAAAUAUGUUAUGUACAACCAAACUAGGACCAAUAGUGGAUUUUAAGUUACAACAUUCAUUAUUUGGUUCCUUAUUGUAAAAUAUUACUUUUAUUGAGGUUUUUUAGUGUUUUACAAUGUUUGUAUGUCUAACAGUGUUGUGAAGUGAGAUCAAACAGUGAGGGAACUAGUUUUUUUUGUCACAGGCAGACACAUGCGUAUCUGUCGCAUACAUGUGUUAAAAGGGGCCUGCUCAUGCACGAUUACCCUUGCUGUGUGCAUUCAGAUGUGACUCCCUGAUAUCAGACUCUUUCAGUCACUCUGACCUGAGAACAGCCUGAGAUAAUUAGUCUGUAAGUUCAGAGAAUCUAUAGUUACUCCACAGCAGUUCCAAGAUCAGCUUUUCAGUCAUCUAGGAAUAGUUACAGCUCCUGAACACAGCUGUAACCACUAUGUGUCUAGGAAUGUCUCGAGAACAUAUUGAAAUAAAUGUUUUGU